UUUGCUUCAUUGCACCACUCAUUGAACACUAUGAACCCUGCACAAGCGAAUAAGGUUGACUUGAGUCAAUUGACUGAACAAGAACAAAAAUUGUUCCGCAUGUACGGAAAGUUGCCCGACCGCAAAGAUUUACUAGGACACAAGCUCAAGGAACGCAAGUACUUUGACUCGGGUGAUUACGCGCUUUCCAAGGCUGGAAAGGAACCUCUUGCAAUUGGAUCCGAGCACCCUUCACCAGAUUCUAUUCCCCACACUUCCCCUAGUAACAACAACUUUGUUACCAGCCCAGUCAGAGAAAGUCCUCUAGCUCCUGAAUCCAAGGCCGCAAAGGAAGAGGAAGAAGAGGAAGAAGAAGAUGAAAAGGAAAAGGAGAAGACACAUUAAGUUCUAUUUGCAAAUAUAUAUAUACAUAUAUAUAUUAUAACCAACCAUCGCCACAAAAAAAAGAAAAAACAAAAGACAAUGCAGGAUAUUAAUACAAAGAAGAAUGCUAAAAAGAUCAAAACCGAAAUCAAAACCGAAAUCAAAAUCAAGAACAAGAACGACAAUAAUAAUAAUAAUAAUAAUAUCAAUAAUAAGAAUAUAACUACAUGGUUGUGCUUCAUAUGGUUG